AUGAUUUCAAGUUCAUUGUCCCUUAUUUGGAAUAAUGAUAAAUGUAGAUUAUUGUACACACUAAUAAUUUUAUGUAACAUAAUAAAAGUAUCAUCAGGAUAUUUGUUAAAUGGAAAUGGAAUAAUAAGAAAUACCCAAAUAAACAUACGGAAUCUGGAUAAUCAUGUUUCAUCUCGUGAUAACAUUAAAACUGUUAACAAAAACACAUAUAAGUUUCAGUUAAAUAACCAAAAUACAGAUGAUUUUAUACCUUCUUCUGUCACUGAUGAUGAUCAGAGGGAAGAAAAUGUCCAACAAUUACAGGAUAACGAAGAGUACAGAAGCGAUGAUAUAAUUGUGCUGGAGGGAUUAAAUGCUGUUCGUAAGAGACCAGGAAUGUACAUAGGAAAUACAGGAGAAAGAGGUGUGCAUCAACUAUUGUACGAAGUACUUGAUAACUCGGUUGAUGAGUAUUUGGCAGGAUUUUGUAAUAAGAUAACUGUGAGUCUCAUGAAUGACGGGUCAGUUGAAGUAUCAGAUAACGGAAGGGGUAUUCCAUGUGAUAUCUCCCCCAAAACAGGAAAAUCUGGUCUGGAAACUGUCCUAACUGUGCUUCAUUCGGGAGGCAAAUUUCAAGAUAUUUUCCCUCCGAACUCAAUUUCCGUUAAACCUGAUGAUAAAAAUGACUCUAAAUCUAGCAAGAAAGGUAGCAAAGAACUUGAGGAAAAGAGAAUUUAUGAAUAUAGCAGUGGACUACACGGUGUUGGUCUAAGUGUAGUUAAUGCCUUGAGUGAGUUCCUGAUUGUGGAUGUCUUCAAGGGUUCUAAAAGUUACCAUAUAGAACUUUCCAAAGGGAACAUCACUAAACCACUGACUGAAUUCUCCGAACCUGAAACCACCGAUCAACCGAAUCCAAAUCUAAAAAAAUAUGGAACAACAAUAAGGUUUCUGCCUGAUUACAAACAUAUUUUUAAAACGCACCACCAACACACUGAAACGGAAAACGAAGAAAAUUCUGGUACCAGUACCGACAAAAAUGAUUUAGAUACUAAAUGCUCUGGUUGUAAGAACGGAUUCAUAUUGGAUUUGAUUAAAACCCGCGCAAAGGAAUUGUCAUAUUUAAACCCUGGUUUAUUCAUUAAAUUGGUUGACUACCGCAUAAGCAAUGAAAACAAUGAACCGUGGGAAGAAUUGUACCAUAAUACUGGUGGGACGAGGUCAUUUUUGGAGGAAUUGAUUAAAGAUAAAACUCCUCUGUAUAAGCCGAUAAGCUACAUCACAAUUAGGGGAGUUAUUAACAAUGUUAACGUUGAAGUGUCGUUCUCCUGGUCACUGGAGUCGUACACAGCUCUCAUAAAGGCAUAUGCAAACAACGUUAGCACAAUAGCAGGAACACACAUUGAUGGAUUUAAAACUUCAAUAACACGAUGUGUAAAUGGUCUCCUGAAGAAGUAUGGCUAUUUUAGGGGCAAUGUCAAGCCAUUAAACGGAGAAUUCAUAAGAGAAGGAAUGACUGCUGUCAUAUCAGUUAAACUUACCGGAGCUGAGUUUGACGGGCAGACUAAAACUAAACUGGGAAAUGCAUUAGUAAAGACAGUAACAGAGAAGAUUGUAAAUGAACAAUUUACUAACAUACUGGAGAAUAAUAAGGAGUUGUUGCUAGCAAUACAUAAUAAAUCACAAGCUGCGAAAAAAGCAUUCGAUGCAGCCAGGAGUGCUAAGGAUCUUAUAAGACAAAAAUCGUCAAGCCUAAUAUCAAAUAUCUCAGGAAAAUUGACUGAAUGCAGCUCAAACAACGUCGAGAACAACGAGUUGUUCAUAGUCGAGGGUGAAAGUGCAGCAGGAAAUGCAAAACAGGCAAGAAAUAGACAAUUUCAAGCGGUUUUGCCCCUGAAGGGGAAGAUCCUUAACAUUGAAAAGAUAACAGACAAUAGUAAAGUGCUGGAAAAUCAACAGAUUCAGCUUUUGAUGAACAGUAUUGGAAUUUCAAUAAAUCCAGUAACAUGGAGACAAAAGGAUUUAAUUGCUGGAACGGAUGUGGCAUUGGACCCAUUCAUAGAGAUGAACAACAACCUUAACAAGUUGAGAUACGGGAAAAUCAUAUUGUUGACUGAUGCUGAUGUUGACGGCUCCCACUUAAAGUCACUUUUACUCUGUUUACUGUACAGACUUUGCCCAAGUCUGUAUUUGCAUGGAAGAGUGUAUGUGGCAAGCCCUCCACUCUACAGAAUUACAAACCUGAGAAAUAAAAAGUAUAUAUAUUCUUGGUCACAAGAACAUUUAUUAAGGACAAUAAAGGAACUAAAUUCUAAGUAUGAACAUAAAGAAACAACUGAUGGGGAUGAGGAGAAAGGUGAUACUCAGGACCAGAAACCCCAGUAUGAAGAUGAAUUGGAAGAUAAUGAAGAUGACCGAGAGGGGAAUGUAGAGGAAAUAGAAUUAAAAACAGAGUUGGGAUCGAAUGUAACCCAGGAUAAACAAAGUGAUGAGUUGGAUUUGUAUAACAUAAACAAAACUCUAAGUAAAACAAACAAGCAUUUGAUCAUACAGAGAUUUAAGGGUCUGGGUGAAAUGAUGGCAAAUCAGUUAUGGGAGACAACAAUGGAUCCUAAGAAGAGAAUUUUAAAGCGCAUAGUAGUCAGUCACCAGCCAGAAAUCUCAGAAAUCAUUAAAUUAUUAAUGGGCUCAGACGUUCAGUCAAGGAAGCAGUACAUAUUCAAUAACUCACAAGCAUUUCAUUUGGAGGAUUUAGACAUCUAAUUUCAUA